AUGUUCAAGAUUAAAAAAUCUAAAAUAAAUGAGCCCACUGGAACAGGCCAAGUGGGGAUAAAAAAGAGAUCCAAGGUUCCUGGUGUGAUGAUCACCCAGUUUGUGGAGGAGAUACCUGAAGGAAAAAGCCAUCCUGACUUUACACGCAAACCUAUUGCACUAACCAUCCAGGAAGGUAAAUUGGCGGUUUUUAAAGCCAUUGUAAUAGGGGAACCUGCUCCAACUGUCACCUGGACUCGCAAUAACGGUGAUGUCUCAGAUCCGCAGAAAUAUCAGAUGAAAUAUGAUCCUGUUUCCCGAGAGCACACCAUUGAGAUGCCUAAUGUGUCUCCUGACCAAGGGGACACUUACAAAUGCUUUGCCUCCAAUGAGUUUGGAAGAGCCAUGGUCACUGUGAUGCUUAAUGUUAUCAGAGUGCGUCCAAAAAGUGAACCAAAGAAAGAUGGAGAAAUUGAUCCAAAGUUCUGGGAAAUCUUGCUAAGUGCUGAUAAGAAAGAUUACGAGCGUAUCUGUGCUGAAUACGGAGUGACUGACUUCCGCUGGAUGCUGAAGAAACUCAAUGAGUUGAAGAGAGAGAGAGAAGAGGAGCAGGCACAGUUUGUGAAAAGCAUUUCUAACCUCAAACAUAUUGAAGUCCAAGCAAAUGGCUCAGCACAGUUUGAACUUGACAUGGACCUCAUAGACCCCAGCAGCAGAAUUUUCAUCUUCAAGGAUGGUGAAAUGAUUCCAUACUCCAAAGACCUUGACAUGGAGAUGAAGCACGAACUGAAACAAUGUGGCAAGAAGUACGUGUUCACCAUUAAAGAUCUUCUUCCAGAUGAUGCUGGGCUCUAUCAGAUUGAUGUUGAGGAUGUCACCAUGUUCUCCACUGACUUUAAGAUUCCAAUGAUCGACUUCUUGGUGAAGAUUCAGGAGGUGAAGGCCAAGGAAAGAGAGGAUGCUGUGUUUGAGUGUGUCCUGUCAAAUCCUUUCUCCAAGAUCAUGUGGGUGGGAAAGAACAACCCUCUUGAACAAGGGGAAAAGUAUGACAUCACUGUGUCUGAGGACAAGCUCAUCCACAGGCUGGUGGUGAAGGACUGCAUGCAGGUGGAUAAAGGCAUCUAUGCUGCUGUAGCAGGAAUCAAGUCCUGCAAUGCCUGGCUCAUCGUGGAAGCUGAUGACGAUCCUAACUUGCGAGGGAAAAAGAAAGCCCGUAAAACAACUCAGGCCGGUGGCUCGGGAUUGGACCUACAGAAAAUUGCUCAAGAGCAGCAGUCCAAGCUUCAGAAGGAGAGAGAGGAAAAGAUAGCAGCUGCAAAGGUGGAAAAAGCGGAGAAAUCGGAUACUGGAGGCGGUAGUAACUCUGCUUCAGGUCCAGUUUCUGAUGCAGGGUCUGGCUCGGGGGUCUCAGACACAGGAAAAGGCUUAACCGAAAAAACUCCUGAAGAUAUGCCCCCUGCUGCCAGCACUGACACUGGCACCAAACCCAAAGUGGAAGAUGAAAAUGUGCUCAUUGCUAAAGGAUUGACAGACAUCUAUGCAGUCCGUGGCCAACCAGCUGAGCUUCUCUGUAAACUAAACACUGACAAAGUUGAUGGUGUCUGGUCCAAAGAUGGAGAAAAGCUGUCCUCAGAAGGUGGCAUGACAAUAUCUAAAAACGGAGAUACACAUAUACUGAAAAUUCAAAGCUGCAACGAUUCCCACUCUGGACAAUAUCAGUUUGAGGCAAAGGAGGCAAAGUCUGAGGCAAUGGUGAAAGUUGGAGAUGUACCAGAGUUUGAUGAAGAUGAAUUACACAAGUUCUCCAAGCCUGUGAUUAUAAAAGUGGGACAAAAUGCCUCUUUCAAGAUGGUUUAUCCUCCAAGUGAAUCACUGGAAAUCAAGUGGUUUAAGGAUGGCAUUGAGCUGAUGGAUGGCGGCGGAGUUAAAAUAUUGAGAGAACCAGCCCACACUCGUCUGUUGAUGAGAGACUGCCUGCGUUCUGACUCUGGAGAAAUCAAACUGCAGCUCAAAAAUCCUUUUGGCGUCGCUGAAGCAACAUCCAGACUCAUUGUAGUUGACAGGCCUGGCCCACCACAAGGCCCUGUGGAUCUGAUUGAAAGUUCAUCCUCUGUCAUUGAGCUCAAGUGGAAUCCAUCAGCUGAUGAUGGCGGCUCUGCCAUAACAAACUACAUCAUUGAGCGUCAGCAGGUGGGCCAGAGCUUAUGGAAGAAACUGGGUGACGUGUCUGCCGAACGCAUGAGCUUUAGGGACAGGAAUGUGUCCCAUGGCAGGAACUACAUCUACCGUAUCUAUGCAGAAAACCCAGAAGGCCUCAGUGACCCUUUCGAAACUGAGCACAUCAUGGCUGGGACCUUGGUGUUCCCCGGUCCACCAGCUCCUCCAGUACUGGUGAGUGCAACCAAGACAUGCAUCAAUUUGGAAUGGGCUCCUCCAGAGGAUGAUGGAGGCACUAAGAUCCUGGGUUAUCUACUGGAGAAACGCAAGAAGGACACAAGCCAGUGGGUGGCUCUGAACUCUGUGAAUGAGCCGAUUGAAGCGGAGAAGUAUGCAGUGAGAGAUGUGACUGAAGGAUCAGAGUAUGAGUUUAGAGUCUCAGCUAUUAAUGUGUCUGGAGCCGGAGAACCUAGCAAGCCAUCUGCACUCAUUUGUGCAAAAAAUCCCAACAUGAGGCCGCAGUUCAAGAGUCCUGAAGACUUCAUGGUUGUGAGAGCAGGCAAUUCUGUGAGGAUCAAGAUCAAUUAUGAGGCCGAACCAAUACCAGAAAUCAAGUGGUUGAAAGAUGAUGAGCCCAUUUCUCCGUGGAUUCAAGUGGUUAAUGGUGAGGGGAUGUCCCAGCUGGUGAUCCCCUCUUCAAAGCGCUCUGACUCUGGUUUCUAUACAAUUAUUGCUAAAAACUCAAGUGGCCAAGCCAGCUUUGACAUUGAAGUCAGGGUUACAGAUGAGCCCAAACGGCCUGGCCCAGUAGAACUGGAGCAGGUGGUGCAUGGUAAACUCAUCAUCACUUGGGCCCCCUCCCCAGACCAGGAGCUGGACGACCGACUGCACUACAUGAUAGCUGAGCAUGAAUCCAACACGCGUAUUUGGCGCACCAUCGCUGACCGACUGUUCUGUACCACCUACACGGCCAACAUCCACUCAGGACGAGAGUACCACUUCCGUGUCUACGCCAAAAAUGACAUGGGCCUCUCUGAACCAUCUGAAUCACCAACCUGGGGUAUCAACAGCAACAGAGUCACUUUCAUUCCAAACAUACCAACAAUGGUCACCUUUGAGCGACCACCAUCCAUCCUGGUGCCACUGAAGGUUCACACCCCCCCCAAAGGAUACCAGUGCUACAUGACCUGCGCUGUGCGAGGCAACCCAACACCCCACAUCACGUGGUACCUGAACGACAUCUGCAUCAACUCCAACAACAACUACUUCAUCACCAACGCAUGUGGCAUCUGCUCAAUGUGCAUCCUAAGGGUUGGAGCCAAAGAUGGCGGCGAGUACAAAGUGGUGGCUGUCAACUCAUUUGGCAGGGCUGAGUGCUCCACCAAACUCAAAGUGAAAGGUAUGGGCAUAGGUUCUGUUAUUUUGAAAAGUAUCAAAGGCUGGAUUAUGCACCCCUGCCAGAUUUGGUCUCUUAAUCUGAUUCUGCUAUUGAGUGGCUCCUCAGAACCAUGA